CAGUAUCAAUGACACCACCGUCCCCGGCCCAAGCCACACCGCUCACCACCUAAAAACUCCAAAUUCCGCUUCUUCUUCCCUUUUCUGGGUUCUGAUUCUUGGAAUUCCCAAAUUUCCCAGAGCUCAAUGUUUUUCUGUGCUCUCAUCUCUUCUUGAGAAAAGAUCAAUCAUGUUCAGAUCCUCGAUUCUCGUCCCCGUCGUCACCCUCCUCGUCACCGUUCCUCUGCUUUUCCUCUUGGCUCCCAAAAUCCUUCCUCCGCGCCGUCUCUCCAUCACCGCCCCCGACGAGCUCGACGAUCUCUCCCUCUUCGAGAAGGCCAUCGUCGCCCAGACCACUUUCCCCAAACGCCCCCCCUCUCGCGGCGGCCCUUCCAACAAAUUCCGGCUCGGAUCCACCGCCACCCGCCGCCCCAAAAUCGCCUUCCUCUUCCUCACCAACACUGACCUCUACUUUGCCCCGCUUUGGGAGCUCUUCUUCAAUGGAACCCCACCCGUGGAUCCGCAUUUGUACAACAUCUACAUCCACGCCGACCCGACUGUCCCCAUUUCCCCUCCCGGGGGCGUCUUCAAGGAUCGGUUCAUCCCGGCUAAACGGACCCAAAGAUCCUCUCCCACUCUCGUCUCCGCCGCGCGCCGCCUCAUCGCCACCGCAAUGUUGGACGACCCGGCGAACGAGUUCUUUGCGCUCAUAUCUCAGCACUGCAUACCCCUCCACUCCUUCGGUUACUUUUACAAUUUUCUCCUUGAUACCCGUAAGCUCUCCCACCAAAUGCAGUACCCUAGCUACAUAGAGAUCUCGUCCGAUUCGCCCUUUCUGUGGAGCAGGUACAUUGCCAGGGGAGAAGACGUGAUGGAGCCGGAGGUCCGAUUCCAGGAAUUCCGGAUCGGGUCCCAAUUCUUCGUCCUCACCCGCAGGGACUCUUUGCUGGUGAUCAAAGAUCGGCGGCUUUGGAGGAAAUUCAAGAAACCCUGCAUAGACAUUGAAUCCUGCUACCCGGAGGAACAUUACUUCCCAACCCUAAUCUCAAUGCAGAAUCCAAACGGGUCGGCGGGCCACACAUUAACCCGGGUGAAUUGGACCGACACAGUGGACGGGCAUCCCCACACCUACCAUCCUCAGGAGGUCUCGCCUGAGCUUAUAUACACUCUCAGGAAAUCGAACUCCACUUAUUCAUAUAUGUUCGCCAGGAAAUUCUCUUCGGAUUGCCUCAAGCCCUUGAUGGAAAUGGCGGAUUCAGUGAUCUUCAAAGAUUAGAUUUUUUUCCUUCCCCGGAGUCAGCUGAGAAGGCAUUGUAUUGAGGUGGUUGUGAUGACAAUUCAGGCACUCUUGGACACAGGUUUGAUUGGUGGGGUUU